GUUAUUUUGCUUUUGUUUUAUAUUAUUUUGAUCCGGUUUAAUGGCGGGCGUCGGGAAAUCAUCCAGCAAGAUUAAUAAAAGAGAAACAAGACCACCGACACCAUCAGAUAAGAAGACUGCGAGAGGCAGUGAGGAGAUCUCAUCAUCAUCAUGUGGGGUUGAGGAAGAUCACAGUCCCAUUCUGAAUGGAGAUGAUAUCCAGAGUCUGACCAUCAGAGCAGAAGACCUGGAGAGUUUGCAUGUCCCUAAACCACCUACAGAUCCCCAGAAGUCCAAAUCAAUGACCCGAGUUUAUGUCCGUAAGAAACGCCCACCAGAUGAGGUUGGCAGGAUGGUCAGGGUCACGGUAGCGAGACCCCUCCCACAGGAAACUGCACCACAGCCGUUUGACUAUGCAGGUCCCGGAGGGCCGCGGUUUGACACAAAGGGGAUGCUGCUGCCGCACAGUAUUCUAGGAACCCUGGAGGAUUUUAGGACAGAGAUGGAGAUCAGAGGAGAGACAGAGCUGGUCAAGCGGAUUCCAGAGCAAAAGGAACUGCCCCUUCUUGUGGUGGAGAAUGAGAGGUACAACGACAAAGCCAAAGAUCCUUCAGGAACUGUGUGGAAUCAACAGUACCACGCCCUUCAGCACUGGUACCGCCACAUGACGGAGAGACGCAGACAGCAGGACUUCAUCUCCCGGUUACUGCAGAAGCCAGUGGACACUCUAUUGAUGAAUCAGUCAAACACAUUCAGACAGAUGCAAGAGCAGAGGUAUCUGAUCAGUAGAGGACUGCCCGCUCUACACGCAGGACAUGGUCAACGUGUAGGGAGUGAGUUCUGGAGUCUUCCACAGCGGUUUGGAGACGAGCUGAGUGGAAUAACAGCCACUCUCACCCAAACCGAGCAGGGAAACCCUCCACCCAUCACUCGAAUCGGACAGCCGUACACCACACGUCUGGAGUCAGGUAAUGUGAUGUCUGAUGCAGUAAACAGCGGCUGGGAUCAGAGUGUGUAUCUGCAACAGCGUCGCCAUAAGCUUAAAGAUAUACAGAGAGACAUUGACUUCAGUGCACCUGAUGUUGAUGGAUUGGAGGUGCUCGGAUCUGCUCAGCGAUUCACCUCAACAUCCGUGAGGCCUUCACCUCCACCAGACAAGAGAGAAGAGCAGGAUGAAGAGCAGAAAGAAAACGAAGAUCCUCUGGUGUUUUCCGCUGACGUCAUCACGGACGUCGAGAUGGUUCCAUGUCUGAGGUUUUGUGGAGAACUGGCUCGCUGGACCGGGAGCAUUUCCUCCCAGCAGGGACAGGAGGGUAUUUCCACAAGAUUGGGAUUUGAGACAGUAACCGGAGAAAGUGUGACCGCUGAUCUAGAACUGAAGAAUGAGGGAAGUACUGUGAUUUACUACAGCUGGGAGAAACUCCACCAAACAUACACACAUACUCAACACUUCUACUUCAACAACACGACAGCGGUGAUUUUACCCGGCAGCACCAAACGCAUUACAUUUAUCUUUAAGAGUGUGCGUGCGGGCAUCAUGACUGAAGUCUGGCGUCUCAACACACACCCUGUGCUGAUGGGCGGAGCCUCACUGCAGGUCAAACUGAGGGGCGUGGCCUUAGAUACUGACAACACAGCAGAUCAGAGAGCCGCACUGGAGAGGGAGCUCCAGCAUAAGGCAUCAGUAUCGUUGUGUCGAUGUCUCGUCGGUGAGCUGGUUAAAGGUGUUUGUACUCCAGAAAGGCCGAGUUCACCUGACGAUCUGUACAUCACAGAUGAAGAGCGAUUCCAAACACACAACCCUAACUUGCAGUACCACCGUGAGCUUGUGGAGGCGCUGCAGGGGUUAUGGCAGCAGGUCAACGGGUCAGGACGGGCUGAUGGCACACACACACCUGUGUGGGAUCUGUCAUUAAACACACUCAGACAGAUCGUGCUGUCUGUGCCAGAGACAGAUGGGUUGAGCAGAGAGACACAUCUGACUCAAUAUAACUCACUGAUGCUGCAGCUACAGACGCCACACAUUCACACAACACCCGUAACACCACACAACAUCAGUGUGCAGUUCUGGAGGGAGCUGUUGGAUAGUUUGGUCAGUGAGUCUGUGCGGUUGAGGAACACAUUGGGACUUCCUGAGAACAACACCUGGAGUGACACAACACAAGAACACAACACAGAAGAGAAGAUGGUGAAAGAGGAGGCAGAGGAGAAGAGAGGAGGAACUCGACUCACUGGGAAAGACAAACCUGUGGUGGAAUGUGAGAGUGUGAAGAUGAACGUGGCGAGGAGGACAGAUGCAGAAGAGAGAGGGUCCAGCUCUACACUACAGCACAUAUACAGACGACUGCUGUACACACAGGUGUAUAUUCUAAUGGAGAGAAUGGUGGAUUCUCUGUGUGAUCUUCUCGAUGAACAAACUCAACAAGAACCUCAAACAACAAUUUAACACAUUAUUUCUUCUCUCGUUGUAUUAGCUCUGAAAUGUC